UCCAACUUCAAUUACCUAUCAGUCGAUCCUCAAUCUUUCGUCUGCUAAUAGUGUGCUCGUCGUUCACUCGCUCCUACGACCAGUCAUAUCCAUAUCAUUCUUCUACGGUACAUAUCCUGCCUUUACUUUACUUUACCCUAACAACAACACCACCCACAACCUUCAACCUUCUCUACCUAAACAAAACAACAACCCAUUCUUUCAACAUGCGUUACUUCGCUUUGAUCACCAUCGCCGCUCUCGGUGUCCAGGCCGUUCCUCAAUGGUCUGUCCAGCCCAUCACCCAGAUCUCCGACGGUCAGAUCCAAGCUCCUCCAGCAACCUCUGUUCCCGUGGUGGUCUCCUCUGCUCCUCCGUUUGAGCCCUCUGUUCCGGUCGUCCCAUCGGUCCCGGUUGAGCCCUCCAAGCCAGCUUCACCUUCGGUGCCUGUCGCGCCUUCGGUGCCAGUGGUCCCGUCAGUGCCAGUCGUGCCAUCUGUUCCAGUCGUCCCGUCUGUCCCCGUUGAGACUCCACCAGUGGUUCCAUCCGUCCCCAUUGCUCCUCCUCCGGUGGUCUCUUCCAUCGUCCCCGUUGUGCCUUCAGUCCCGGCCAAUACUUCGGUCCCAGCAACCUCUGCCGCGCCGUCGUUCCCCAACUCGUCGGUUCCCGUGACCACGGCCGCGAAGUCCACUCCAGCUAAGAGCUUGGCUCCGUCUACCUCUGCACCAGCUGAGGCCACAGGCGCUGCCGCUCUCAAUAUGGUCUCCUUCGGCGGCAUCGCCUUGGCCGUUGCUGGCCUCGUCCUCUAGACGAACUCCGCGAUUGCGGUCAUUCUCGGUUUAUACCCUUUUUGGCUUCACUGAUCACGGUGUGAUCGGUAGUGACGGCAGGAUGGGGGCUUUUUUAAUUCAGGGUCAAACGGGUGGAUAGGCGGCGUCAGGUACACACAACUACACACAAAACCUUUGUUUCCCCCUUUCCAGACUUUUUUGUUUCUAGUCAUGCUCAUUCACCUCUCUAAUGUCAUACACACGAAACACACGAUUCCGGAUUGCAAAAUGGCAUGAUUGAAAAAUA